AAUCAGCGGCGGAGAGCCUUGAUCCGCGCGUGCCCGAAGUAGUUCUGGUGGAGAGAAGUGCAGGAGUGAGAAAGGGAGAGAGAGAGGGUGUACAAACUUACGGUGAGGGGACGGGUGUACAUAUUUACGGCUCGGUGGCGGACAUGGCGGCUCAGCGCGGUUCCCGGUGCCUGUGAGAGCGUCGCUCCGCGGUGUGGUGUGUUAUGGGAACGCUGAGGAACGGCUGGGCGAAGAGAGAGGGCUUCAUUCUCUCGGUGGAUGUGGGCACGACCUCUGUGCGCUGCCAUGUCUACGAUAAACACGCCAACAUCCGGGGAUCCUGCUGCCGGAAGGUGUGUCUGCUGUACCCUGAGCAUGGCUGGGUGGAGAUGGACCCAGAGUCACUGUGGCAGAGCUUCGUCAGUGUGGUCAAGGGAGCGGUGCAUGACUCGGGAUUACAGAUGAGUCAGAUGGAGGCAUUAGGGAUCUCAACUCAGAGAGCCACAUUCACCACCUGGCACAGGAAGACAGGGAAACCCUUUCAUAACUUCAUCGGCUGGCAGGACCUGCGCGCGGCUGAGAUGGUCAAGUCCUGGAACAACUCGUGCACAAUGAAGGCAGUGCAUGGUGUGAUGAAGAUGCUACACUUCCUCAGCAGACGGAAGCGUUUCCUGGCGGCGAGUUUGGUGGUGUUCACGCCACAGCACGUCUCCAUGCGUCUGGCCUGGGCUCUGCAGCACAUCCCUCAGGUGAAGGAGGCAGUUGAUGAAGGAACUUGUUGUUUUGGGACCAUUGACACAUGGCUGCUUUAUAAACUUACUAAAGGUUUGGUCCACGCUACAGAUUACUCCAACGCCAGCUCAACUGCAAUCUUUGAUUCCUAUCAGAUGUGCUGGAGUGGGUUUCUGUGUUCUCUCCUCUCUCUACCUCUCUCCAUUCUUCCCACGGUGCACAACACCAGUCACCAUUUUGGUUCAUCUGAUCCCGACAUCUUCGGGGUUUCUAUUCCAAUCAUGUCAGUUAUGGCGGAUCAGCAGGCGGCCAUGUUUGGCGAGUGUUGCUUUGAUGCUGGUGAUGUAAAGAUCACCAUGGGAACAGGAACGUUUAUGGACAUCAACACAGGGAACAAACCUCACACCUCUGUAGCAGGCCUGUAUCCCCUGGUCGGCUGGAAGAUCGGCCCUGAAGUUGUGUAUCUUGCUGAAGGAAAUGCUGCUGAUACAGGAACAGCCAUCAGAUGGGCUCAGGAGAUUGAGCUGUUUACAGAUGUGAAUGAAACCUCAGCCAUGGCCAGCAGUGUGAGCGACUCAGACGGAGUGUGUUUCGUUCCCUCGUUCAGCGGUUUGCAGGCACCGUUAAAUGACCCUAAAGCGUGUGCAGCGUUUAUGGGCCUGAAACCGUCCACCACGAAGAGUCACCUGGUCCGCGCCAUCUUGGAGUCCAUCGCUUUCAGGAACAAGCAGUUGUUUGACGUGAUGCUCCGGGAGACUCGAAUCCCUAUCACUAGGAUCAGGGCGGACGGCGGUGUGUCUAUGAACGACUUCGUCAUGCAGUUAAGCGCGGACCUGCUGGGGCGUAAAAUCUCACGGCCCACACACUUCGACAUGUCAUGUCUCGGGGCGGCGUUCGUGGCCGGGUUAGGAGUCGGUUACUGGAAGAGUAAAGAGGAGCUGAAGAAGCUGCAGAUGACGGAGCGUCAGUUCCUCCCUCAGAACGUUAGAGGAGACGCAGACGCAGGAGGAGGAGGAGGAGGAGGAGCAGGUGGUGUGUAUAAACCAGUCCUGCAGAGCUGGGAGCAGGCCCUGCAGCGCUCCAUGCACUGGUACAGCCACACAGCUUAGUACACACACACACACAAACACACACACACACACACACACACGCCCGCACCCUUCACCCACAUACUUCUCGGUGCCAAACGGUCAGAGUUCUUUUGCACUCAACACCCACGUUUCAUCUGUUUACAACCUGCCAUGAAGAUGACGAAGAUGAUGAUGAUGAAGAUGAAGAGCCAUGUUUUACUCUGAUGUGCCUUAAAUGUAACACACCUCUGACUUUAGCCACGUUAGACUUUCAUUCAUUUUCUGUAUUUACAGAGUCGUUUAGGACUUAAAGUAAUCUAAGAUGUACUAGAGUUGAUCAGUAGACCGAGGUUUGAUCAUGUGAAUUGAGCAGCAUGUGUUGGAAACCACUAAUUCCCUUAAUACUUUUUUCUCUUAAGUAUUUUUAUUUCGUAUUGGCAUCAAAAAUUAUUAUCAUUUUUUAUUAACAACAAAAUUAUACAGACCCGAAGUAUUUAAUAAAGAGGAAGGAAUACAAAUGCAAAGUUUUCUAGCAAAGGUGUGUGUGGGGUUGUGGUUAUGUGACACAAAAGGUUCAGGAGUCCCACAUUUAAACCAACGGUUUAUAAAUCAAUUCAUUUGUUUUCAGUUUGAUGAUAAAUGAAGCUCAGUGAAAUAAUUAGUUUUGGAAUUAAUCCACUUUUUAACCACAUCUGUUUUCUUUUAAUUUAGUAUUUUUAAAUUUAGGAAUAUUUCUCUCCCUCAGUAUGUGAAAGGUCGGGUUAUAUGAACAAACCUUAUCCUUUAUUAAACCUGCAGUCCUUAAAUGUAUUAUUUUUGUUUAUCAAAUUAAAACCAUCAGUCAGUACAUUUGACACAAAUCUAUUUGUCGUUUACUUCAUGAGCAUGACGGUGAUAUUUUCAGCCAAAUUAAAAUGAUCUUCGUUGAAUCCUUAAUCAUUUAAUUAACUAUUAUGGACAGGAACCACCAGGGACCAGCUGAUACGAUGUCAUCACGAUACCCAGGUGCUGAUUGCAUUUAAUAAAUAUCUCAGAGCACCACCUAUAGGAGCAUAGAGGAACAGCAACAUUGUACAAACUUGUACAAAUAAAUUUUAGUUUAAAUGUCAGUGUCCCACAAAAAGGUCGUGAUGCGUCACUGGAUGGAUUCGACCAAUUUAACGAGUUUUACCCAGAAUACACAGCGAGGGAUUAUCACCUCUUUCUGGGAUUUGAUUCGAUUUUGAAAACCUUUAUUCAUCCCACUGUGGGGAAAUUUAUUUAAUAUGUGAAUAAAAGUCUAAUCUGAUUCAUUAUUGCAUUGAAGGAUUUUAAACCCUUUUUUCCUUUUGAGUGGGAAAACGUAUAUAAAAACAAACGGUUAAACAAAAAUAUUCAGUCUGAAGUAAAGGGUUUUUUUUUUUUUUUUAGAUGGAACUGUUUCCAUCAUCAGGAGCGAACGGUUCUGAGCCAUUUUAAUAAAAUGUAUUAUUAUUAAAUAUAACAUUAAACCCUGCAGUUUUAAAGUGACUAAGCAUAGCCGGAUCCAAACCUGUCCUGUAUGUU